CACAUCAUCCUACGUCAUGAAAACAGGGCGCGUGUGUGGUGGCGGCAGGUUUAAAGAGUCUGAGUUUGGAGCGCAGAGAGAAGAUUCAGAGUGAAAUUCCGGAUUAAACGGCAGGAUUACCGGGAAUAACCUGGAAAAGCGGGAUGUCUGAGGGAAGCAUGCCUCUGCAGGAGCUGCCCUGCAUGAACCUCCAGCACCCCGUCAGGAACAAGAGGAAGAGCUGCCUCUCUGAGGGCCUGGGCUCCGAGUCCACCCCGACAGAACUGGUCCUGCAGCGGUCACCCAGACCCAAACAUCCCCGGCUGGUCUCCAGGGGAAAGGAGAACGACUUUGUUCUGGCCAGGAGGUCCAGGAGGAGGAGGCAAUCCACAUCAGGUGUUUUAUGGGAUCAUCUUCCAGACGAGCUGCUCCUCAGGGUCUACUUCUGCCUCCCUCUGCAGGACCUGCUCAGAGUCUCUGCAGUGUGUAAGCGCUGGCAUCGACUGGCGUUGGAUGAGUCUCUGUGGCACAGCGUGGACCUGGAGGGCCUGACCCACACGGGCUUGGCUCUACAGCAUGUUCUGAAGACCGGAGUCCACCGGUUGCGCUGCCCUCGGGCUUUUGUCACAAAGCUGGAGCUCCCAGAACCUCGAACACUGCAGCUUGUAGAACUGGAUCUCUCCAGCUCCAUCAUUCCCACCUCAGCUCUGCAGAGCAUCAUCCGGGGCUGCAGGCAGCUUCAGUAUCUGAGCCUGGAGGCUCUGCAGCUCUCUGACAGCAUCAUCAGCUGCCUGGCGAAGAACUGCAACCUGCUGCAGCUCAACCUGAGCGGCUGCUCCGGUUUCUCGGCUGCGGCUCUGUCCGACAUGCUGACAUCCUGCUGCAGUUUGGAGCAGGUAAACGUCUCGUGGUGCAUCUUCAGCAGAGACCAUGUGCGGAGCGUGGUGAAUCAUCUGAGUCCCAGCGUCACGGCCCUGAACCUGAGCGGCUACAGAGAGAGCCUGGCGCUGGACGAUGUGAAGGUUCUGGUAGAGAGAUGUCCAAACAUUCAAACGUUAGAUCUCAGCGACAGCACCCUGCUGACGGCCGACAGCUUCCCUGUUCUGAAGCAGCUGAAGAACCUGCACCACCUGUCUCUGAGUCGCUGCUACCACAUCCACCUCGCUGCGCUCUCUGACCUGAGGAAUAUGCUCCCGAGCCUCGGCUUCCUGGACGUGUUCGGCUUCGUUCAGGACAGCCAGCUGGCGUCUUUAAAGAAGGACAUGCCUCGGAUCAGCAUCAACUCCAGACCCUUCUCCAGCGUGGCCCGGCCCACUCCGGCCAGCCGGCUCUCACCCUCUCAUCUGGACCAGACCAUGUGGAGCAGGAGCUGCAGACUGAGGGUCCGGUUCUAACUGGAGCCGUGGAUUUUUAUGGGUUUUAGUUUCUGUGGCACCAUCGGGUGCACACAUGGAGCCAUGGUUCGGUGAUGUUCCAGAUUCAGUCUUACUUGUGUUACUGGUACCGGAGGUCAGAUGAUGGACUUGGCCUCUAGGGCCGCAUGUUGAGCUUUUAGAAGAACUUUUUUUGAUGUUGGACUCUGUAGGUUCUGGUGAUGUGUUAAAAUAAUCAAACCUAGAAGUUUGGGAAUGUUUCUGCUGUAAUAAUGACUGACUGUUGGAAUCACUGAACAGUUUUCAUGGAAAAUAUUUUGGUUCCCUGCAGGUUGAAAUGUGAUCCGACUUGUUUUACUCACUAAUCAGGAGAUCAAACCCGGCGGUUUGGGUCCGAUCUAGUUUUUACUUGAAACUGUUUUUAUUUGCUGUGAGUCUGAAGUAUUAAACUCCUAAAAACUG